GGAGAUAACAGGUUCAAUAUGGGAAUGUGCUGGUUGUCACAUGCCUGUAUGUCAUGAGUUAUGGGUUAGGGUGGUGCCAAACCAGCAGACUUUCAAGUGCUGACCAGAUUUGGAUGGGUUUGAAGGUGGAUGGUGUUUGGCUAUAGUGGUGGUUUUCUCAUGGCUCUUCUCCAGAUGCCAAAUAGUUUAUUCCUCUGUGUGUCCAACUUACAGAAGCAUUCUUCUCGCAUCUCUCACACGUGUCACCGGCAGGCUUUUUACUCCAGGUACGAACAUCCUUAAUAAAGGGACUUAACACUCCAACGCAGAAUUCAACAAAGAAGUUCAAAGGCCGUCCAGGCCAAGGACACGGCCCACUGCAGAGCAUGAGGUCCAAUAUUACAUCAGUUAGUACAGCCCGUUAUAAGGCCCACAAUGUCAGUCAUACUUGGGAGGUGUUAAAAGACAGUAACAUUUUUAUUAUUUGUGCCUGUUGGCAAUGAUUAUACAAAAGCCUUCGCUGUCUUUGUUACGGCUAAUUCUUGGGAUAGUUGACAUCCACCAGCAGAGAGAUUUCACUGCAGCACAAAAAAAGACACACUAUAACCCUCAAAUGCAUGGCAGAGGGGACGAAACGUGCCUUUAAUGAUGCAACAAUGAUUCGACAUAUUUUGAAGUCAGUGUUGUGGCCGCUGUGUGUGGAGAGGCAGCGGUGGUACUCGUCUCAUCAACGAUGGUUCUGUUGAAGUGGCCCAGAGAGUCUCCACAGGGAGACGAUGUCAGCAAAGCACAACAACUAAAUCAAUAACCAAGGGUUUAAUGGAAGAUAAUAGAAUUGGAGAAAGGAGCACACCACAGGCCAAUGAAGGAAUUCCAUUGCUAAUGAUAAUGAAGCAUUGUCUGCUUGACUAAUAAGAAGCAAAGCAUGAAGGGAAAUAACCAACUACCUGCUGAAGCAAUUAAAGAAAUGCUGCACAAGUCAAUUAUCUGAAUAACAGAACGUGUCAUGGAAACAAUAUUGUGUCAAAAAAAAAAAUCUUCCCUGCAGUUGUUUUGACAUGUAAUUGCAGGACAAACAGGGGCGUUGUUCCAAUUAGUUUGUCCGAGGCCCUUUUAUUGUGCAUGAAAUGCUCUGUAAUGGCUGUGACGCACAUGGGCCGAGGCUCGCAAGUAGUGAACAGUAUGGACACGCACCGCAUCCAGGAUGGUAGUAUCGUUGUCCCAGGAUGCAAAGUGUCUCACAUCAAAUGCAUACACAUAUUGCAUGAUCACACCGGCGGUGAGGUUUAUGUUUGAGGAGCACAGUGGGACCAGAGAGGCUGAGUGGACUGGUUAUACUGGGACAGAGUGAACUGUUCUUUAUGCUUGGCGGAUGGACAGCAGAGAAGGACUUUGCAUUGCCUCACAGAAUGAAGUUCAAAGAGCUCCAGCCAUGGCUCGUCUGGACCAGGUCAUCACAAACAUUGUGGAUAUAUUUCUGGACUACGCUGCUGAUGAUGGAGGCAAGAAACCGAAGUUAAACAAAGAAGAGCUGAAAAAGGUCUUUGAGGAAGAAAUACAAUCCCCUGAGUUGAAAGAUAAAAUCAAUGCAGGUGACAUUGAGGAGGCCAUGAAAAUGCUGGAUAAAAACCACGAUGGCGAGGUUAACUUCCGAGAGUUUUGCCGGUGUGUGAGUGACCUGGCCAAAUGCUACUACCAGAAGAAGACAGGCAAGGGGGGCAAAAAAGGCAAGGGCAAAGAACGAGAAGGUGAAGAAGAAGACUAAAGGACCAACCCUUAAAAUGUGUGUUGCAUCACAAUAUAUUUAAAGAUAUUUCAUACUUAUGUCUUUUACAGUGUCUGUUAUAUCUGACACAGCUGACCCUGGAACCAGAUGUUGCUAUAUUAGGCCAUUUGCACAUCCAUUAUUCAAACUCAGCUUCUUAUUUAUGUUUUGAAACUGCAUGCAAGAUGUGAUAUGUGCGGCCUUACAACCUGUCAACAGGUUUUCAAAGAACAUUCCAUUUGUUACUUUGCUGAAAAUUAAUAAAAGCAUUAAGGUUU